AUGAAUUGCUAAAACUCGAAAUGCAAUGAGCAGAUACAAUACAAUUCUAUAAUAAAUGGCACUUAAAUAACUUGUGACAAUUGUUCCAAUGUAUUUUAUUGUUCAAUCAAAUGUAGAGAUUUCGAUUGGGAGGGGCAUCAUUAAUUGGUUUGUCAUGAGUCAUUUGAAAUAACUCCCAAAUUAACUGUAAGUUAACUGGAUGGUGAAAUGAGUCUAAUAGGGAAUGGAAGUUUUGGAAUAGUAUACUUAAAAUAACUGAAUGGAUAUAAUUUUGCGAUAAAAAAAAUAAAUAAAAAUCUGGCAUACAGGGAACUUAAAAUACAUAAAUAACUAAAGCACAAACACAUUAUUUAGUUAUUAUAAUUUAUAGAGAAAGAUGAUCAUAUUUAUUUGAUCUUAGAAUAUGCACGUAUUGAUUAAAUUUCCUAUUUAGAAAAUGGUCAUUUAACAACUAAUAUGUAGGUAGAUCCAAAACAAAUAAUAGUUCAAUUAUGUAAUGCAUUACAAUACCUUCAUAACAAAGGAAUUAUUCAUAGAGACAUUAAACCAACAAAUGUAUUGUUAAGUGGCAAUAAUAAUGUUAAAUUAUGUGAUUUUGGUUUAGCUACUCAUAAGAAUGUCAUAAGUAACUUUUCUGGUACUUAUGAAUUUAUGGCACCUGAAAUAUUAAGAAAUUAUCCAUAAUCAUUUUCUGUAGACAUUUGGAGUUUAGGUUGUCUCUUAUAUUGGAUGCUUGAAAAAAAGCCUAUUAUAUCAGGCAAUGAGGCUGAGAUGAUUGAGUAAAUCCUCAAUUUUACUGAACCCAAGUUCACUAUUACUGAUAUCUAUGCCAAAGAUUUAAUUAAGAAGAUGCUUGUUAUCGAACCUAAUGAUAGAAUAACAAGUUUCUUGAACAACCUAAAGAUUGAAGAAAUUUCAAAUUCAUAUUCUGAUGAAACAUAAGCUAGUUAUCAUCCAUAAUAAGCUGCUCCAUAGAUUCACAGCGAUGAUAGAAAUGUCUUUUAAAGAAUAGCUAGUCUAUUUUUAUGCAUGGCUCGGGAUAAAUGACAAUAAAACUACAAGAGAUAGAGUUAUAAUAUAUAUUAUGACAAAAUUUAAUUUUAUAAAUAAGACACAAUAUUUUCAUAAGAAUCUAUUGAA